CGUUGUCUGAUUGUACUGUGCUCCUAGGGGAAUGGAUCCGGCGGAGCUUCGUCGGGUUUUCCUUAUGUUUGACAGGAAAGGAGACGGGAAGAUCACAAGGAAGGAGCUGAGCGAUUCGUUGGAGAAGCUGAACAUACACGUUCCGGAGAAGGAGCUGAUCCAGAUGAUCGAGAAGAUUGACGUGAAUGGGGACGGGCAUGUGGACAUGGAGGAGUUCGGGGCGCUGUACGAGGCACUCUUGGACGAGAGGGGCGUUGGGGGAGACGACGAGGACAUGCGGGAGGCGUUCAACGUGUUUGACCAGAACGGCGACGGGUUCAUCACCGUGGAGGAGCUCCGGUCGGUGCUGGUGGCCAUGGGGCUGAAGCAGGGAAGAACCGUGGAUGACUGCAAGAAUAUGAUUGCCAAGGUGGAUGUGGAUGGGGAUGGCAUGGUCAACUAUGAUGAGUUCAGGAAGAUGAUGAAGGGUGGUGAUUUUGCUGCCUCAAGCCCUUCAGACUAACCUGCAAAGGGAAAAUGAAAGCAUGCAUGUUGUAUUCAAGUUUAGUUGUAACAACCACUCUUGUCAUAUUGUGGGUACAUUUGUACUUUGUAUACCAUUUAUAAACUAAAGGGAGAGCAAAUUUAUGUAUAUAGUCUAUAUUCAACUAA